CUUCUCCUCCUCGCCUUGAGCGAUUCGGUCUCAGAGAACACCUCCUCCCCUCCCUUCUCGGCGGCUUUUGUCUCACCCCAGCCGCCGGGGAUGCGCUGAGCUUCGGGCGCACGUUGCGCCGCCGCGUCGGGGAAGGAGGACGGGGGAAAGGAGCCGGCGGCAGCCAGCUAAGAGAGAGUGAUGAGCUACAACAGCAACAGCACCAAAGAUGCUGGGAUUCGGCACAUGCUCCGUCAGCGCCCCAGCGCCGGGCAGGGGGGCUGAGCUGGACACUGCCUCCCCCCGCUACAUCCUGGCCCUGCCCGAGGAGGAGACAUGGCACAAGCACCGGCUCGGCCUGAUGCAAACCACCCAGUCCUGCAACCUGCUGGAGCCCGAGAGCCUGGCCGAGGCCCUGGUCUCACGCGCCGCCAGCUUCGAUGCCCUCUAUGACCCCCGGUCCCGGGAUGCUGAUGCCGGCACAGAGACUGGCAGCACCUUCGACCUGGGGCUCGGCCAGUAUGUCCCCGUGAGCCCGGAUGUGAUCAAGCGCCGACGGGGUGGGUUGAUUGAGCAGAGGGACAUUAUCAAGGCGCAUGAGGCGCACAAGAUGCAGAGCACGCCGCAGGCGCGGAGGAAGGAGUGGGAGAUGGCUUGUUUUGGGGAGGCGGUGGCCGGCAGGCUGGGCUCCGGAGAUGGGGGCUCCGACCAGAACCGGAGCCGGCAAGGAGCUUCUGCCCCUGCGGGAGGCUCUCCAGGAGGCUUCAAGCAAACCAAAGCGCAAAGAGCCCGGACUAUGGCUCUGUAUAACCCCAUUCCUGUCCGGCAGAACUGCUUCACUGUCAACAGAUCGCUCUUCCUCUUUGGAGAAGAGAACAUAGUCAGGAAAUAUGCCAAGAAGCUCAUCGACUGGCCUCCCUUUGAAUACAUGAUCCUGGCAACCAUCAUUGCCAACUGCAUCGUGCUAGCCCUCGAGCAGCACCUCCCCGAGGAUGACAAGACACCCAUGUCACGGAGAUUAGAGAAGACGGAGCCCUACUUCAUCGGUAUUUUCUGCUUCGAGGCUGGGAUUAAGAUUGUGGCCCUGGGGUUCGUUUUCCACAAGGGCUCAUACCUGCGCAAUGGCUGGAAUGUCAUGGACUUCAUCGUAGUCCUCAGCGGCAUCCUCGCCACCGCUGGGACACACUUCAACACCCAUGUGGACCUGCGGACGCUGCGGGCCGUGCGCGUGCUCAGACCUCUGAAGCUCGUCUCGGGCAUUCCCAGCCUGCAGAUUGUUCUGAAAUCCAUCAUGAAGGCCAUGGUGCCUCUCCUCCAGAUUGGCUUGCUGCUCUUUUUUGCUAUCCUCAUGUUUGCCAUCAUUGGUCUGGAAUUCUACAGUGGGAAGCUGCACCGAGCCUGCUACACAAACAAUUCAGGUGAACUAGAGGAGUUGGACCCCCCCCAUCCAUGCGGGGUGCAGGGUUGCCCCCCAGGCUAUGAAUGCCGGGAGUGGAUAGGACCUAAUGACGGGAUCACGCAGUUUGACAACAUCCUCUUUGCUGUGUUGACCGUCUUCCAGUGCAUCACCAUGGAAGGGUGGACCACAGUCCUGUACAAUACCAACGAUGCCUUAGGAGCCACCUGGAACUGGCUGUACUUCAUUCCCCUCAUCAUCAUUGGAUCCUUCUUUGUCCUGAACCUUGUCCUGGGAGUGCUGUCGGGGGAGUUUGCCAAAGAGCGUGAAAGAGUGGAGAACCGCCGAGCCUUCAUGAAGCUCCGGCGCCAGCAGCAGAUCGAGCGGGAGCUCAAUGGUUAUCGGGCCUGGAUAGACAAAGCGGAGGAAGUCAUGCUGGCUGAAGAAAACAAAAAUUCUGGGACCUCAGCCUUGGAAGUGCUCAGGCGAGCGACCAUCAAAAGGAACCGGACAGAUGCCAUGAACCGUGGCUCGAGUGAUGAACACUGUGUUGAUAUCUCCUCUGUAGGCGAGCGGAGGCUGGCACAAAGAAGACCUCUUCAUCCAACCUUGGGUAACCCCUUGAGUCAUUCUGGUCUCAAAGGCGCCAGAGUGGACGGUGCCUCCUACUUACGGCACAAGGAGCGACUCCUGCGCAUCUCUGUUCGCCACAUGGUGAAAUCCCAGGUCUUCUACUGGAUCGUCUUGAGCCUGGUGGCUCUCAACACUGCCUGUGUGGCCAUCGUCCAUCACAACCAGCCAGCCUGGCUCACCCACUUCCUCUACUAUGCAGAGUUCCUGUUUCUUGGUCUCUUCCUCCUGGAGAUGUCAUUAAAGAUGUACGGGAUGGGGCCACGCCUUUACUUCCAUUCUUCCUUCAACUGCUUUGACUGUGGGGUCACGGUGGGAAGCAUCUUCGAAGUGGUUUGGGCUAUCUUCAGACCAGGAACCUCUUUUGGGAUCAGUGUCUUGCGAGCCCUUCGUCUCCUGCGAAUAUUUAAAAUAACCAAGUAUUGGGCAUCCCUGAGGAAUUUGGUGGUCUCACUGAUGAGCUCCAUGAAGUCUAUUAUCAGCCUUCUCUUUCUCCUCUUCCUCUUCAUUGUAGUCUUUGCCCUGCUGGGAAUGCAGCUGUUUGGAGGCAGGUUUAACUUCAUUGAUGGGACGCCAUCAGCCAACUUUGACACUUUCCCUGCUGCCAUCAUGACAGUUUUUCAGAUACUGACGGGUGAGGACUGGAACGAGGUGAUGUACAAUGGCAUCCGCUCCCAGGGAGGUGUUCGCUCAGGCAUGUGGUCCUCCAUCUAUUUCAUCGUCCUCACCUUGUUUGGAAACUAUACUCUGCUGAACGUGUUCUUGGCCAUUGCAGUGGACAAUCUGGCCAACGCUCAGGAGCUCACCAAGGAUGAGCAGGAGGAAGAGGAGGCAUUUAACCAGAAGCACGCCCUUCAGAAAGCCAAAGAAGUCAGCCCCAUGUCUGCUCCAAACAUGCCUGCUAUCGAAAGAGACAGGCGAAGGAGACACCACAUGUCGAUGUGGGAGCCACGCAGCAGCCACCUGAGGGAGCGUCGCCGGCGGCACCACAUGUCAGUGUGGGAGCAGCGCACCAGCCAGCUGCGCCGGCACAUGCAGAUGUCCAGCCAGGAGGGCAUCAACAAGGAUGAGCCACCUCUCAUCAACCCCCAUGCCAGCAUCUUCCGUAGGAAGAAACCAGGGGAUGGCAUCACCCUGGAGAAACGUGCCGAGGAGCAGAGCGGCAAGGCUGAGCGGCCGCUGGUUGAGGCACCUGAGCAGCCGGCCCCAGGAGCCAACCCCUGCGGUGGUGAGGACAGGAGGAGCCCAUCGCCCCGGGCCAAGCGAGACAAGGAGCUCUGGCACCAGAAAUCAUGCCAUGGGAACUGUGAGCUGGGCGAGCAGGACGGGGCAGGAAGUGGCAUCGAGGACAGGGCCAGGAUGAGGCAGAGUCAGCGGCGCAGCCGGCACCGCAGAGCCCGGAUGGAAGGGAAGGAGCCAGCUGGCACCCUGGGGAGCCGCUCAGCCAGCCAGGAGAUGAGUCUGGAGGAGGUCAGCCCCACGGAAGGGGUGCAGGAUGGGGACCAAUGCAGGGACAUGGUUGCAGCAGAAGCGCUGAUUCAGGGGGAGACAGCAGCAAGCGGGGAGCUCUUCAGGACAAACGGAGUCUCUGCCAGUGAUGCCAAGCUAGUUGGGACCACUGAGGCGGGGGCCCCCCUGCAGGUGGCACCUGAGCCCUCCCGGGGGAAGAUGGGCAGCCUGAUGGAGCAGGACUGCAGCAGCCCAGACACCAGUGAGCAAGCACUGCUGGAGGCCAGCCGCACUGUCAGCCGGAGUGAGCCCGACCUCUCCUCCAUCACCCCCACCACUGAGAAAGCCACGGAGAGCACCGCCAUCAUGAUCGAUGUCCACGACUCCACUGUGGUACAGAUUAGCAACAAGACAGAUGGUGAAGCCAGCCCCUUAAAGGAGGCUGAGACCAAAGAGGAUGAGGAGGAGAUGGAGAAGAAGAAGCGGAAGAAGGACAAAAGUGAGACGGGCAAAGCAAUGGUGCCACACAGCUCCAUGUUCAUCUUCAGCACCACCAACCCGGUGCGGAGGGCUUGCCACUACAUCGUGAACUUGCGCUACUUCGAGAUGUGCAUCCUCCUGGUGAUCGCCGCCAGCAGCAUUGCCCUUGCAGCAGAGGAUCCUGUCCUCACCAACUCCGACCGCAACAAAGUCCUGAGGUAUUUUGACUAUGUCUUCACCGGCGUUUUCACUUUCGAGAUGGUUAUCAAGAUGAUUGAUCAGGGCUUGAUCCUGCAGGAUGGCUCCUACUUCCGAGACCUCUGGAACAUCCUGGAUUUCAUCGUUGUGGUGGGAGCACUGGUGGCUUUUGCCUUAGCGAAUGCUUUGGGGACCAACAAGGGCCGGGAUAUCAAGACCAUCAAGUCUCUCCGUGUGCUACGAGUCUUGAGGCCCUUGAAAACCAUCAAGCGACUGCCCAAGCUGAAGGCUGUCUUUGACUGCGUCGUGACCUCUCUCAAGAAUGUCUUCAAUAUCCUCAUCGUCUACAAGCUCUUCAUGUUCAUCUUUGCUGUCAUUGCUGUUCAGCUCUUCAAGGGGAAGUUUUUCUACUGCACUGACAGCUCUAAGGACACGGAGAAGGACUGCAUAGGGAACUAUGUGGACCAUGAGAAGAACAAGAUGGAGGUGAAGUGCCGGGAAUGGAAGCGCCAUGAGUUUCACUAUGACAAUAUAAUCUGGGCUUUGCUCACUCUCUUCACAGUCUCCACUGGCGAGGGUUGGCCCCAGGUGCUGCAGCAUUCAGUGGAUGUGACGGAGGAGGACCGUGGGCCCAGCCGCAGCAACCGCAUGGAGAUGUCCAUUUUUUAUGUCGUCUAUUUUGUGGUCUUCCCUUUCUUCUUCGUCAACAUUUUUGUGGCUCUCAUCAUCAUUACAUUCCAAGAGCAGGGAGACAAAAUGAUGGAGGAGUGCAGUCUGGAGAAGAAUGAGAGAGCCUGUAUUGACUUUGCCAUCAGUGCCAAACCCCUCACACGGUACAUGCCCCAGAACCGGCACACCUUCCAGUACCGGGUCUGGCACUUUGUGGUCUCCCCGUCCUUCGAGUACACCAUCAUGGCCAUGAUAGCGUUGAACACUGUGGUGCUGAUGAUGAAGUACUACUCUGCUCCAUACACCUAUGAGCUGGCCCUGAAGUACCUGAACAUUGCAUUCACCAUGGUGUUCUCCUUAGAGUGUGUCCUCAAGAUCAUAGCUUUCGGCUUCCUGAAUUAUUUUCGGGACACCUGGAACAUCUUUGACUUCAUCACUGUCAUUGGCAGCAUUACAGAGAUCAUCCUGACAGACACCAAGCUGGUGAACACCAGCAGCUUCAACAUGAGCUUUCUGAAGCUCUUCCGGGCUGCUCGGCUCAUCAAGUUGCUGCGCCAGGGUUACACCAUCCGCAUCCUGCUCUGGACGUUUGUGCAGUCCUUCAAGGCCCUCCCCUACGUCUGCCUCUUGAUUGCCAUGCUUUUCUUCAUCUAUGCAAUCAUUGGGAUGCAGGUUUUUGGCAAUAUCAAACUAGAUGAAGAAAGCCAUAUCAACCGGCACAACAACUUCCGCAGCUUCCUGGGCUCCCUGAUGCUCCUCUUCAGGAGUGCCACGGGAGAGGCAUGGCAGGAGAUCAUGCUGUCCUGCCUGGAAGGCAAAGGCUGUGAGCCAGACACGACGGCGACAUCUGGGCAGAACGAGAAUGAGCGCUGCGGCACCGACCUGGCUUAUGUUUACUUUGUCUCCUUCAUUUUCUUCUGCUCUUUCCUGAUGCUCAACCUGUUCGUGGCAGUCAUCAUGGACAAUUUUGAAUACCUGACUCGGGAUUCCUCUAUCCUGGGACCUCACCAUCUAGAUGAGUUUGUCCGGAUCUGGGCAGAGUAUGACAGAGCAGCGUGUGGCCGAAUCCAUUACACUGAGAUGUAUGAAAUGCUGACUCUUAUGUCACCACCGCUAGGCCUCGGCAAGAGAUGUCCUUCCAAAGUGGCCUAUAAGAGACUGGUGAUGAUGAACAUGCCCGUGGCUGAGGACAUGACAGUCCAUUUUACCUCCACCUUGAUGGCACUGAUACGCACAGCCUUGGACAUCAAAAUUGCCAAAGGUGGUGCAGAUUGGCAGCAGUUAGACUCCGAGCUUCAAAAGGAGAUCCUGACCAUUUGGCCUCACCUGUCCCAGAAGAUGCUUGACCUGUUGGUACCCAUGCCAAAAACCUCUGACCUGACUGUUGGCAAAAUAUAUGCAGCCAUGAUGAUCAUGGAUUACUACAAGCAGAGCAAAGCGAAGAAGCAGCGGCAGCAGCUGGAAGAGCAGAAAAAUGCUCCCAUGUUCCAGCGCAUGGAGCCAUCCUCCUUGCCGCAGGAAAUCAUCUCGAAUGCAAAGGCUCUGCCUUACCUUCAGCAAGACACUCUCUCUGGCCUGAGUGGCAGAAGCGGGUUCCCCUCACUGAGCCCGCUCUCACCACAGGAGAUCUUCCAGCUGGCAUGCAUGGAUCCAGCCCACGGGCAGUUCCAGGAGCACCAGUCUUUGGAGCCAGAGGUUAGGGAGUUUCAAAGAGUGCAGCCCUCUAACCGUGGCAGCUACCUUCCCGUGGACACUCAGGACCAUGCUGUCUCUGGGAGGGCCUCCUCCAUGCCUCGUCUCACUGUGGAUCCCCAGGUGGUGACAGACACCAGCUCGAUGCGGCGAUCAUUUUCCACUAUCCGGGACAAGCGCACCAACAGCUCCUGGUUGGAUGAGUUCUCCAUGGAGCGCAGCAGCGACAACACCUACAAGUCCCGCCGGCGCAGCUACCACUCCUCACUCCAGCUCUCCGCCCGGCGUCUCAACACUGACUCAGGCCACCGGUCCGACGGGCAUCGCUCAGGUGGCAGGGAGAGGGGACGAUCCAAAGAGCGCAAGCACUUGCUGUCCCCUGACAUCUCCCGCUGCAAUUCUGAGGAGAGGAGUCCCCAGGCACAAGAUGAGUCACCAGAGCGACGGCGUGAGUCCCGGUCACCCAGCGAGGGCAGGUCGCAGACACCCAGCAGGCAGGGAAUGGGGUCCUUGAGCGAAAGCUCCAUCCCCUCCAUCUCGGACACCAGCACCCCUCGGCGAGGCCGUCGCCAGCUCCCACCGGUGCCCCCCAAGCCGCGUCCCCUCCUCUCCUACGCCUCCAUGCUGCGGCACACCGGAGAUGCCUCACCACCUGCUGAGGAGAGCGAGGGAGGGUCUCCACUGCUCUCCUCCACCCUGGAGCCCAACACCGCCUGCCUGACCGAGUCUUCCAGUUCCCCAGUGGGGAAGCAGAGCCGACAGUCCACCCCACAGCGCUACAUCUCCGAGCCCUACCUGGCCCUGCAUGACGACUCACAUGCCUCAGACUGCGGUGAGGAGGAGACGCUCACCUUUGAGGCGGCCGUCGCCACCAGCCUCGGCCGCUCCAACACCAUCGGCUCAGCCCCGCCGCUGCGGCACAGCUGGCAGAUGCCCAACGGGCACUACCGGCGGCGGAGGCGAGGGGCAGGGCAAGGCAUGAUGUGUGGGGCCAGCAUCGAUGUGCUCAGCGACACCGAGGAAGACGACAAGUGCUAGAAGCUGCCCCCGCCCCAUCUCAGCUCUCCCCCUUCCCACCACUGCCCUGCCCCUCUCCAAUGCAUGCUCUUUGCCACGCCUGGGAAUGAAACAAAACCAAAACCAAAUGCAGGGGAAAAGGAGAAAACCAAACUGACCGGAAUGGAGGGGGGAAAAGAAGAGGAAAAAAAAAAAAGUCUUUGUGCAAAAAAAAAAUUAAAAUCUGUCGACUUUCCUUUAUUACUAUCACUUUUUUUUUCUGCACAGAGAAACAUUUGAUGGGCAGCAGAGUGACCCAGUCGGGUGCGCAUUCUCAGGGGAACAUGAGAUUCCCCCCAGCUGCAGCCCCACUCCCUGCCCCGAGCAGGACCCCCAGGAAGGCUUGUCUGGAUGGUUUUCUGCUCCCUGAGGCUGGAGAGUCCCAACAGGGGGGUACUAGGAGCCCCCUUUGCUCUGUUGCUUGGGCUCAUGCUGCUGUGGCUUUGAAUUUCCCUCCCCAGGGGUCUCUUCCAACCUGGAAAAGGGGCAGAGUGUGAUAGAGGGGUGCAAGGGCUGAGGAUUUGGGGUGCACCAGGCAGACUAGAGUGGCUCUGCCUGCCAGGGAUGUGGCAGGCAAAAGAGAACCCACCUGGUUUGUGCUGGGGCAGGUGGGAGCAGGGCGAGGGGGCUCAGUGCUGCCGAAUGUAUCCUGUCUCCCACCAACGUAUAUUUAUUUAUAUAUGGAGAACUCUAGGUGUGCCUGUGUGUGUACAUAGUGUAUGUGUGUGUAUAUAUAUUUAUAUGCUGUAUAUAUAAAGAUAUACACAUACAUGGAUUUGUUCUAGUCAUCUGAAAAUGUUGGGGAGCCCCUUGGGGUUUUCACUUCCCACACUCUGUUGGUGGCAGGACCAAGCCUACCCAGGGGCGCCGCUGUGUACCCGUCUCUGUAGCAGAGCAUUGGGAACAUUGCCUUCCUCUCCUCACCACAUCCCAGAUGUUCCCAGUGAUGGGAGUUACAUUUUGUCUGUCAGAGGUGGCCAUGGUGAGGGGUCUUUUGGCAGCUCUACUGCUGGCUGUACCGAGCAAUGUCUGCAGGAGUGAGCUGCCCAAGGGGCAAGGACAGGGCUGUCCCUGGGGUUAUGGCUCGCUUGGCACCAGAGUAGCCAAGGGGGUGGUGGCAAACCUCUUUGCUGUGUUUUCCCAGGAAAAGAAGAUGCUCACGUCUGCUGGUGAGGGAAGAUGUGUGUGCUUGUCUGUAUCCUAAGCUCUGUACUCCUGGCAGAGUAACCUGGCUUUAGCAUGUCCUCUGACCCAGUUUCUCCUGCAGCUAUGGCCCCUGUCUGCUCCCAGUGCCUGGCAACCCCUUCAGAGGGGGCUGCCUUGGGGUUGGCUGGGUUUGCAAACCCUAUGGCCCUGGCACAGUGGGCAGGUGGGUGUCUGAGAGUCAGUGGGGCUUUGGGAGAGGAGUGUGGUUUAGGGGGGUGAGCAGGGUGGCUCUCUUCUACUGAAAAUACUGAAAAUGCAGUAUAGGGCCACCUUCCAGCAUUCGUCAUUAGUUAACCUGGUAAUUAUGUGCUGUCAGCUCUAAUGAUCCAUGUGCACCCUUGGCUGUGGGUGUGAUGCUUUGGCUGCCAGCCUGGAGAGAUGGUGGUCACCUUGUGGUAAUGGAUGGCUCACCCUGGUAAUCACUGGCAUGUUUCUGCUGUUGAGUUGUGUCCAUCAUCAGCCCAAGUGUGGUCCUGUGGAGCUGGAGGGUGCUGUGCCUUUGGAGCCUCAGGGAAGGGCUUGCUCUGUGGGCUGAGGGUCUUGUUGGUGUAGUUGGACAUGUGCAUGGAGACGGGAUGUUGGGCAGGGGGAGGUGGUGCAGCUCUCAUCCUACCCUUCCUCCUGCCCAUGGCUUUGCGCUGCUGCAGGUUGUUGUGGUCGGGGUCUUUGGGGCUGCUCCAGCCCCAAACAAAGCUUUAGACAGACUUCACUUUGGUCCUGGAUAACUAACCCAUGUGUUCUCCUGACUGAAAGAUGCUCUGAGCACAAACUGCUCUGCUCCUGUAUGUGCAGAUCAGUCCCUGCCCUGAUCACUUUGUGAGCUCCCCCAGAGGAGCUCUGCUUGCCAGAAGCAAAUCCCACCAGCUCCAAAGACCGGCAGCUCCUGGGGUCGGUCAUGGACCAAACCCCCUCUUUCUAGUGGUCAAGCUGCCCUCUGCACACCCAAGGAGCAGAUCUCGCUUAUGGGGCAAAAUCUCCUACUCCCUUGAUUGGUCCCCGCUGGUUAGUGGCACUUCUGCUGUCCCUGCUCUCCAUGUGCUUCCUAAACAGACAUUUCCAGCUGCCAAAGGAUCAAAAAAUUCCCCAGGAAGUUUUUCCAUUGCUCUGUCUCAGCUUCAGCAUCCCCCAUCUCAGUGCAAGGGGGUAAGCUGUGCCCAUGCAGCUGCUGGGAAGGUACCCGGUGCUGGCUGAUGUCAUGGGCAUCUCCUGUCCCCUUCUGAGCAUCGCCACUCCACCUCCAGCCAUCCAUGAGCAGUUUGUGGCUUCAAACUGAAGCUGCUGGAGCAUUGCUCCCUGUGCUGGAGUUUGGGGGAGUCAGUCUUGACGGGCAGCAUGGGACCACAUAGGUCUUGGGGCCAGGGGUGCAGUAGUGCUGGGGGCCAGGGCAGGUGAUGCUGUACGUGCUCUAAAUAUAGGUGCUGCUUCUAAAUUCAGAACGGUGUCUGACAAUAGCCGGGCUCUGAGUAACAGCCUGCAGGGAGUAGAGGACGUGGCUUUUUGUGUCUGUGCCUGUUGGGUGGGAGGGAGGGAUGCUCUUGAAGGGUGGGCAUGUUUCAGGCAGUUUUCAAGCUUUGGGUGUUUUUCUUUCUUUGGCCCCAGUGUGUGGCAAUGCUCUGCAGUGUAGUGCUGGUAUGGGAUGGAGCAGAGCCCUGUGGCAUGCACCCACAUGUGGCAGUGGGCUGUGGUGUCCAAACCUGAGCUUUUUGGCAUGUAAGCCCUGUGUUUUACUAACGCACAGAAACUGUAUGAAGCAAAACAGCCUCUUUUUGUCGCUUGGGCACCCAAAAUGGGCUGAUCCUGUCUGUCUUGCAAUAGCUGGCAGUCCUACUCCAGCAGCAGGACUGGAGGCAAGGACCCAGGGGACAAGGUGGCACCUCCAAAGCAUGUCUCUGAAACCAAAAACAACCCCCAGGAGAACUAUGGAAAAGACUACACUAAGGGGGAAGGAAAACAGACCUGAGGCCCCAUUGCAGCAAGACGCUGGACUCACUUUGCUGCUGUACGAUCUCUUGUCUGUGGCUUUUUGCACAUCUCUCUCACCUCCUGGACAUCAGGGAUCUGCCACUUCAGUCACUGACGGUGGCUAUUGGCUGUUUGACCACGGGAGGGAGGAUGAGAGAGGGAGGGGGACAUGUUUCAGCAUCUGCUUGCACAGGACAAGCUGCUGCCCAGGCAGGAAUUCACCAGUUGCAUGCAACUAGUUACCAGUUUGGUGCUGGGAUCAAAGCCCUGCAAAGCUCCUGGGAGGGCAGCAGAAGGUGUGCAGAGAGGUAAGGCAGCAUUGGAGCAUGGAACCUUGCUGUCCCCUCCAGGCUGGCUGUCCCAGCACCAUCCUCCUGUCCUGUGAGGCCUCAAAGGACAGAGCCUCCCACAUGUGGGACUGGUGGCUCCUGUGGCCAAGGGAGGGUGGGUGGGAAGGAAAUUCUCUGCCUUCAUACCCAAGGCACCGGGGUAGGUGUUGUAACAUAACAUGCUGGUUCGGACCCAAACAGGGAACCGAACUGACUGAUGGCGGUGUACAACUUCGAUGUUUUUUGUCAAAAUGAAAGAAAAAUAAAACCUUGUUGUAAAGAA